UUAAAUCAUAAAGCAUUAAGUGAGUGAAAAAUUACUUUAAAUUAAACCAUUAGGGGUCAUAUGUAUGUAAAUAUGUAACUAUCUAUCAGAGCGGUAAUGCUGUUAAAGUGGAACUGGAUCCAAAGAGUCAACGCCUCCAACCCUUAGAUCCCUUUGACAAAUGGAAUGGAAAAGACUUGGUGGAUAUGACAGUUCUUAUUAAAGUAAAAGGAAAAUGUACAACAGACAACAUCUCAAAUAAUAUGUUUAUCGGAGCUGUCAAUUCGGAAAAUAACGAAAUGAAUAAGAUGAGAAAUCAGCGGACGGGGCAAUGGGAAGGUGUGCCCGACGUUGCACGAGAUUACAAGGCAAAUGAUAUUAAGUGGGUGGCAAUCGGUAAUGAAAACUAUGGAGAAGGUUCAUCACACGAACAUGCUUCUCUAGAACCACGACAUCUUGGCGGUAGAGCAAUCAUUGUUAAAUCAUUUGCCCGCAUUCACGAAACAAACAGGAUUAAACGAGAAAGUAAAAUUUCUCUCGUCGGACUUGAAAAAGUAGCACCAGGACAAGAAAUUGAUUGUGAGAUUAGAACUGGCGACAUAAUUGAUAAGAUUAAACUAAAUCAUACUCUAAAUGAUUUACAAAUUGGUUGGUUUAAGGAUGGUAGCGCUCUUGAUCGCAUGAAAGAGCUAGCAAAAUAACCAAAUCAUAACCAAAAGCCAAUCAUUUUUUUCUGAUGCUGUUUAAUACAAAUACUAUGUCAUUAUAUGCUAUUUUAAUGGAGAUCUGCUGGUGCCUGUAUAUAUUUUUGAAGUCAAGUUACUACUCUAGUAAAUAAUACGUUGUGGUUUUAUUUUAAGUUGUUUCUGCUCGCAUGAGUUUAUUUAAUUUGUAUUGUAGAACUCAAUAUUGGGAGCUUGGCCAA